UACAAGUAGGAGUCCCCGCUACAGUGGUCCCCGUGUCGCCGCCGCCACUGUGUUUGAAGAUUUUCGUGUAGUGUGACGCCGGUUUGCGCUGGUUUAUGGAAGGAAAGCGAGUUUCUUACGCUGAACACAUCAUUUUAGCCGAUCUGAGAGGCACAGUGGGCAAUGAGGCUGAAGUGGUCGCACGGUGUGUACAAACCUCUGGCGUGACAGCGGACCCGCACGAGAUUCUGAUGAAAAUCACCGACGUACUCUUCAACCCACUGGUCGUGGAAUCGAAGUACUCGUGCACUGCUGAAUUGUCGGAAAAGCACAAGCACGUUUCUGCUGAUUUGAUUCACUGUUAAGGCGCGGAUAGAUAGUCCGGCGUUUCAAGCAUGCGAGACAGCGGCCGGCGAAGUUGGGAUACGUCACUCUGGCCUCGCCAGGAUUGCCGAAAUCUUACAACCUCCUCAGUUUAGGACAUUAACAUGACCCGCAGCAGCUCACCGACUUAGGAUAUCAAUUCCAACUCCAUACACUCGUGAUGCUUAAAGCUAAAAGAACUGUUUUUCUGGAUUGCCUGACGAGCCUUCUGCUGAUGUUUGUUGUGCCCAUGAAGAUCUAGCCCAACUCUGCACCGUUGACAACAAAUAGCCGCAAGUGCCGAUUGUUGCUGGUUGGCUCAAUCCAGAAUUUGGCCUCACAAGUGCGAUGAGCCUAGCUGAAAGUAUCGCUGCCAAGAUGGCAUGCCACACCCCUUCUAAAGUGAUCGGUCAGGAGGAGGUUGGCACGCAGUGCAGCUUGCCUCUGGCUGACAAGUCUGUUGGGUGCUCCUUCAAAGCAGCCAGCAACUCUAUGAGCGUGCAGACAACAGAGACUGUGGAUCAGUCAAACUCCACCUCAGCAUCGAAGCCUUCUAUUUCUCCAUCAACAGCCAACGGUGACAGUUCACAGAAGGGAUGCCUCCACCAAGAUCAUCUGUGUGACUAUGCGGCUGAUAGACUGUUUCGUCCGGAAGCACGUGCCAAGGUCGAUACUAGUGAGCGUUUGUUCAAGUGCAAUUUGUGCCCUCAGAGCUUCUCAAGAAAACGCGCCCUGAAGAGCCACUUGUGCGUGCACACGGGUGAGCGGCCAUUUCAAUGCCCUUCAUGCCUUCGGAGAUUCUCGCAAAAGUCCAAGGUCAAGGAACACCUGCACACUCACACAGGCGAGAAGCCAUUUCAAUGCUCUUCAUGCCUUCAGAGCUUCUCACGAAAGGCCCACCUGAAAACCCACCUGCGCACCCACACAGGUGAGAAGCCGUGGCAGUGCCCUUCAUGCCCUCGAAGCUUCUCGCGUAAGGCCAACAUGAUAGACCACCUGCGCACCCACACAGGCGAGAAGCCAUAUCAAUGCCCUUCAUGCCUUCGGAGCUUUUCACGAAAGUCCCAACUGAACAUCCACCUGCGCUCCCACACAGCAUCGAGGCCUUCUAUUUCUCCAUCAACAGCCAACGGUGACAGUUCACAGAAGGGAUGCCUCCACCAAGAUCAUCUCUGUGACUAUGAGGCUGAUAAACUGUUUCCUCCGGAAGCGCAUGCCAAGGUCUAUACUGGCAAGCGUCUGUUUAAGUGCCAUUUGUGCCCUCAAAGCUUCUCAAGAAACGGGCACCUGAAGAGGCACCUGUGCGUUCACAGGGGUGACCGGCCAUUUCAAUGCCCUUCAUGCCCUCGAUGCUUCUCGCAAAAAACCACUAUGAAACAACACCUGCGAACCCACACAGGCGAAAAGCAAUUUCAUUGCCCUUCAUGCCCUCGAAGCUUUUCACGUAAGAACAUCAUGGAAGACCACCUGCACAGCCACACAGGCGUUGAGAAGCGAUAUCAGUGCCCUUCAUGUGUUCGGAGCUACUCACAAAAGUCCCAACUCAAAAUCCACCUGCGCACCCACACAGGUGAGAAGCCGGUGCAGUGCCCUUCAUGCCCGCAAAGCUUCUCGUGCAAGUCUGUCAUGGAAAACCACUUGCGCACCCACACAGGCGAGAAGCCAUUUCAGUGCUCUUCAUGCCAUGAGAGCUUCUCACGUAAGGACCAUCUAAAAACCCACCUGCGCACCCACACUGGUGAGAAUCCAUGGCAGUGCCCUUCAUGCCCUCGAAGCUUCUCACGUAAGACCAACCUGGAAGACCACCUGCACAGCCACACAGGCAUUGAGAAACCAUAUCAGUGCCCUUCAUGCGUUCGGAGCUUCUCACAAAAGUCCCAACUCAAUAUGCACCUGCGCACCCACACAGGCGAGAAGCCAUGGCAGUGUCCUUCAUGCCCUCGUACUUUCUCACAAAAGACUCACCUGAAAGACCACCUGCGCACCCACACAGGCGAGAAGCCAUUUCAAUGCCCUUCGUGCCCUCAAAGCUUCUCGCGCAAGCAGGUCAUGGAAAACCACCUGCGCACCCACACAGGCGAGAAGCCAUGGCAGUGCCCGUCAUGCUCUCGUACCUUCUCACUAAGGACUCACCUGAAAGACCACCUGCGCACCCACACAGGCGAGAAGCCAUUUCAAUGCCCUUCAUGCGUUAAAAGCUUCUCACGCAAGUCCAUCAUGAAAAACCACUUGCGCACCCACAAAGGCGAGAAGCCAUUUCAAUGCCCUUCAUGCCAUGAGGGCUUCUCACGAAAGACUCACCUGAAUACCCACCUACACACCCACACAGGCGAGAAUGCACGGCCGGAGCCGCCGGAGCCGCCGGACCCGACUCCACCCUCCGCGCGGAGGAGACUCAGGAGAGUCGAGUCCGGCCGUGCACAGUGGAAGCCAGCGCUGCAGUUGCCCUUUGUAGAUAUACAUUGCCUCACAAAUGCGAUGAGCCUAGCAGAAAGUAUCACUGCCAAAAUGGCAUACCACGCCCUUUCCAAGGUCAUCGGUCAGAAGGAGGUUGGCACGCAGUGCAGCUUCUUGCCUCUGACUGACAAGUCUGUUGGGUGCUCCUUCAAAGCAGCCAGCAAGUCGACGAGCGUGCAGACUACAGAGACCUUGGAUCAGUCAAGCUCCACCUCAGCAUCGAGGCCUAUUUCUCCAUCAACAGCCAGUGCUGACAAUUCACAGCAGGGAUGCCUCCACCAAGAUCAUCUCUGUGACUAUGAAGCUGAUAAACUGUUUCGUCCAGAAGCAGAUGCCAGGGUCUAUACUGGCGAGCAUCUGUUUAAGUGCUAUUUGUGCCCUCGGAGCUUCUCAAGAAGAGACACCCUGAAGAGGCACUUGUGCGUCCACACGGCAUCGAGGCCUUCUAUUUCCACAUCAACAACCAGCGGGGACAAUUCACAACAGGGAUGCCUCCACCUAGAUCAUCUCUGUGACUAUGAGGCUGAUAAACAGUUUCGUCCGGAAGCACAUGCCAAGGUCCAUUCUGGCGAGCAUCUGAUUAAGUGCCAUUUGUGCUCUAAGAGCUUAUCAAGUAGGGACACCCUGAAGAGGCACUUGUACGCCCACACGGGUGAGCGGCCAUUUCAGUGCCCUUCAUGCCUUCAGAGCUUCACACAAAAAGCCCACUUGAAAGACCACCUGCACACCCACACAGGUGAAAAGCCAUUUCAGUGCCCUUCAUGCCUUCAGUGCUUCUCACGAAAAAUGCGCCUGAAAUACCAUCUGCGCACCCACACAGGCGAGAAGCCAUUUAAGUGCCCUUCUUGCCCUAGGGUCUUCUCGUGCAAGUUGAGCCUGACAGAACACCUGCACACCCACACUGGCGAGAAGCCGUUUGAAUGCUCUUCAUGCCUUCAGAGCUUCUCACGAAAGGCCCACCUGAAAACCCACCUGCGCACCCACACAGGUGAAAAGCCAUUUCAGUGCCCUUCAUGCUCUCGUACCUUCUCACUAAGGACUCACCUGAAAUACCACCUGCACACCCACACAAGUGAGAAGCCAUUACAGUGCCCUUCGUGCCCUCGUACGUUCUCACAAACGACUCACCUGAAAGACCACCUGCGCACCCACACAGGCGAGAAGCCGUUUCAGUGCCCUUCAUGCCUUCGGAGCUUCUCACGAAAGACCUAUCUGAAAAGCCACCUGCGCACCCACACCAGUGAGAAGCCAUGGCAGUGCCCUUCAUGCCCUCAAAGCUUCUCGAAUAAGUCCAGCAUGAAAAACCACCUCUGCACCCACACAGGCGAGAAGCCAUUUGAAUGCCCGUCAUGUCUUCGGAGGUUCUCACGAAAGGCCCGCCUGAAUACUCACCUGCGCACCCACACAGGCGAGAAGCCAUGGCAGUGCCCUUCAUGCCCUCAAAGCUUCUCGCAUCAGUCCAACAUGUUAGACCACCUGCGCAUCCACACAGGUGAGAAGCCAUAUCAAUGCCCUUCAUGCCUUUGGAGCUUCUCCCGAAAGAACGAACUGAAAAACCACCUGCGCACCCAUACAGGUGAAAAGCCAUGGCAGUGCCCUUCAUGUUCUCAAAGCUUCUCACAUCAUUCCAGCUUGAAAUACCACCUGGGCACCCACACAGGCGAGAAGCCGUUUCAGUGCCCUUCUUGCCCUCGGGUCUUCUCAGCAAAGAACAACCUGAAUGUCCACCUGCGCACCCACACAGGUGAGAAGCCAUGGCAGUGCCCUUCAUGCCCUCAAAGCUUCUCACGUAAGGCCAACAUGGAAGACCACUUGCGCACCCACACAGGCGAGAAGCCAUUUCAAUGCCCUUCAUGCCAUGAGAGCUUCUCACGAAAGACUCACCUGAAUACCCACCUGCAAACCCACACAGGCGAGAAGCCAUGACAGUGACCGUCAUGCCCUCAAAGCUUCUCGCUGAAGAGUGCCAUGAAGCAACACCUGAGCAUUCAUACAGGUGACCGACCAUACUGUCGCACUGUCUGCUCCAAGUCCUUUUAGGCUGAUUACUUGAGCAGACAUAAGAGAACACAGCACCAUGAUACUGUACAAUAGGUCAACAGCCAUGUGUAAUGAAUUUUGAAUUAAAAUUUAUAGAUAUGGA